AUGGCUUACAAUAAAGGGUUGCAUGGAAACAUUGGAGGAGGAGGAGGAGGGAGUCACAGUCAUAGUCAUAGUCAUAGAGGGAGGCCAUAUGCAUUGAUGCUGCUCAUUGCAUUUGGGGCUGCACUUCUUGGUGUCAUGCUCCUUCAUAAGCUCAGGGAGAGGCGCAUCUACAACCUCAUUCUCAAAGACAAAGAUCAUCAACUUCUUUCCGUCAAGCUUCUCUUGCAGAAGGAAAGAGAUCACACCAAAGAACUGAGUAAUAAGAAUGAAGAAAUGAAGGGAAAACUAUACGCUUUGAGGAUUCAAAAGAUGGAGGUUGAUAGAAAGGUUGUGGAGAUGCAAUCCAUCAUGGAUUCCCUGAGAGACGAGCAGAAAGUGAUGGAAUCGGCAUUCGAGGAGAAGCAGAACGAGCUCAGAACAAUGCAGGAGAAGGGGAUCAAUUUAGGAGGAGGGAACUCUCAAUUAACAGCACUGAGGGAGGAUCUGAAGAAGAAGGAGGAAGAAAUAGAGAACUUGAAGCGCCGUCUUGAGAUCCCUGCUAAGACCCUCAAUGAUCCAGCCAUCAUUAGGAAAACUGUGAUAGGAAAUGGAACAGUAGAAGCACAGGAUCAAAUUGAGAAGGAAGAACAUGCACUUGAUACUGCAAAAACUGAGGAUGGUGAUGUUAAAACUGAAGUAAAAGAUGAAAUUCAGAAUAAUGAGAGAGCAGGGGAAGGAACCGAGGGCCAUGGAGAUGAUAAUGGUGGCGGUGUCACGACGAAAGAUGUUGAAGCUGAAGUGGUGGAUAGUGAAGUAAAGAAAGCAAUCAGAGAAGAGAAGCCAGGACAAAUUGAGAGCAAUGCAAAUGCUGAAGAUGAGGAAUCUAAGGUGAGAGAACUGGCAGACAGUGCCGGAACAAAGAAGAAACACGGACGUGUGAGUAGAAUGAAGGGGAAACGGUGGAAAACAAUCGUGAAGAACAAGUUAAUGGAGAGAAAUGGAAUUUCUGCAAGUCAUGCCGAAGUAAGCAAAGGCAACGAAAAAGCUAAUGUAGAAGUGGAAGGUGAGUUGAAGGAAAAUGCUGCAAGGGAGAAGAAGGAACAAGCCAAUUUACUUAAGCCUGAAAAUCAUGAAAUCAGCACAGAUGUUAGAAACAUGAUAGUGAAUGAUACAAAUCAUCAGGUGACAAACAACAACGGCACCGGCAUCAACCCGGAACAAGAGGGAGUGGAUGAAGAAAGACUGACAGAAAAUAAUGAAGACAGUGUUGCUCAACAAAACUGGAGCAGGAGGCAUAUCAACAAAGCUACCAAGGAUGGUGCACAAUCAAAAUCCAAGGUGUUAGAUGAAGAGCAAGAAGCAAUAGAGAUUUCAGAUGUUCAAAACAGGGAUGAUGAUGAGGAAGAUAAUGGUGAAUUCUUCAGGGAUUCCCUAUCUGAUGUUGAAGAUGAUAAGGAGGAGUACAAGGAAGAGAUAGAUGAGUCAGAGUUUCAGCCUGAUUUGUGAUUUAGCUGUAUUUGCAUGAUCUUUAAUACGCAAAUUAGAGUAGUGUGUUUGGUUUGGUAGGAACACUUCAAAUCACUGGCUUGAGAGGGUGCAAGU